GUUUAGUUUGUGAAACAUUGCUGUCUAUUGCGGUUUAAAUUAUAAAUCGUUGGUGAAAUGUGUUGUGAAUCUGAAAAGUGAAAAGAAAAUACCGCAACACUUCACUGUUACUAUUCAAAUUGUUUGCCCUAACCAUUUAUUUGAAAGCAAAUAUGCAAAUUAACUAAACAAUCGCCUUGUGCCGUAAGAAAUAGCUUAAUAAUCAGCUAAAUAGGAAAACAAGAAAAAAAAUUAUCUAAAAAUGUUUUUCAAUUUGAAUUUCAAACUGUUGUGUAUGAUCUGCGUUAGUGCCGUAUCUGUCUGUAAUCAGUUGAAAUCGCAAAAGAACAAAAGUAACAGCAUAAACAGCAGCAGCAGUAGUUGUUAAGUAAAGUAAAGUGGGAAGUGAAAAAACGUCGACAAAAGAUAAGUCGAAAGCGCCUCACAACGCGUCGCGUCGCGUUUUCUCAACCCGUAUCAAAUUGCGCUUUUAAGCGCUUCGAGUCGCGCCAAGUACGGCUUUAAAUCGAGUUUAUCAGCGAGUAGAAAUAAAUAGACAACAACAACAACAAUCACUGUCCUUCCGUCUAAAUUGAGCCCCCUUGUGCGCAAGUUAAAUCGAAUUAACUCUCAAUCGUGUUCGUAUCGCGUCGUGUCGCGGCACACAACUGCGUUACUAAAAAGAAAACAAAUACGUCACAUUUCAUACAGAAUCAGAAUCCAACAACUGAGUUGCUGAGUUGCUUGUAUGUUGACAUUCCGCUACUUAGAUUCUAAGUAAAGCAUUCAAUUGGAUUAAGUUGACCUUCAGAGGCAAUUCUAGCAGCCAAGCAAAUAUCACAAAGCGUACCGCAUUACGCUUCGUGUCCAAUACACUUGUCCGCCACUUGUUCCUCCUACCUUCAUUUCGCUGCAUUUCAUCACAGUACUUCCAGCGUUAAACAGCAUGGCGACAAAUACCGAAAUUCUACCCUUUCAUCAUCACACGACCAUUUCCCUACAAACUGCCGCUGCACUCACUAGCUACCAUGGCGGUGGUAGUGGUGGUGGUGGUGGCGGUAGCGGAGGCGGUGGCGGCAGCGUUGGCAAUCACAGCAACGGCCCACCCGCUGGUGCAGUACUUCCAACCGCCACUCAAUUGGCCGCAGCCGCUUGGAAUAUGGAAGAUUGCCUAUACCAACAGACUGAACUUCCCGCCCUCACACAGCGCGCCCAUCAUUUGUUGCGUUUCACACCGUAUGCGUUGCAUCAUCGCUCCCAACUGCAGACACUACCAUCCGCGUUGUACCUCCAGCAGGCUGCGGCUGCUGCAGCUGCUGCGGCCGCACAUGCGCAGCACCACCAUCAUCAUCAUCACCAUCACCACCACCAACAUCGACCCGCAUCGCCGGAGAGUCCGCCACCUAUUGAGGGUACACAUAUUAGCAAUCUCUUCCCCGAAAUUCUCGAGAUGAUUUUCCAGAAGUUAACGGUACGCGAUUUGGGUCGUGCCGCGCAAGUAUGUGUUGCUUGGCGCGACGCCGCAUACGCCAAGAGUGUAUGGAAAGGUGUUGAGGCCAAGUUGCAUCUAAAGCGUUCCAGUCCUAGUCUCUUCAAUUCACUGGUGCGUCGAGGCAUAAAAAAAGUGCAGAUACUGUCGCUGCGGCGUUCACUUAAGGAUCUCGUGCUCGGCGUGCCAUCACUAGUCUCGCUUAAUUUGAGCGGUUGCUUCAAUGUGGCUGAUCUGAAUUUGGGUCAUGCCUUCUCUGUGGAUCUGCCGAAUCUGAAAGUACUCGAUUUGUCCCUGUGCAAACAGAUUACCGAUACGAGUUUGGGACGCAUUGCGCAGCAUCUGAAGAACUUGGAGACACUUGAACUCGGCGGUUGCUGCAACAUAACGAAUACCGGUUUGCUGCUCAUCGCGUGGGGUCUGAAAAAACUGAAGCACUUAAAUUUACGUUCCUGUUGGCACAUCAGCGAUCAGGGUAUCGGACAUUUGGCCGGCCUGAGCAAAGAGACCGCUGAGGGUAAUCUAGAGUUGGAGUAUCUGGGUUUGCAGGAUUGCCAACGACUCAGCGACGAAGCGCUCGGUCAUAUAGCACAAGGUCUAUCGUCACUAAAAUCCAUCAACCUGAGCUUUUGCGUCUCCGUCACGGACAGUGGCCUCAAGCACUUGGCACGUAUGCCUAAACUUGAACAACUUAAUCUACGUUCCUGCGACAACAUCUCCGACAUUGGUAUGGCGUACCUCACCGAAGGGGGCAGUGGUAUUACCUCACUCGACGUCAGUUUCUGCGACAAGAUCAGCGAUCAGGCGCUCACACACAUCGCACAGGGCCUCUAUCGGCUCCGUUCGCUCAGUCUGAAUCAGUGCCAAAUUACCGAUCAGGGUAUGUUGAAGAUCGCAAAGUCACUACAGGAACUAGAAAAUCUUAAUAUUGGACAAUGUAGUCGCAUAACGGACAAGGGACUAGAAACACUCGCGCAAGAUCUGGUAAAUUUGAAGACGAUUGAUCUGUACGGUUGCACGCAAUUAUCCUCCAAGGGUAUCGAUGUGAUUAUGAAAUUGCCGAAGUUGUUAAAACUGAAUCUUGGACUGUGGCUCGUAAGAUGAUGCGUUCAACGCAGCAAACACAAACAAUACGCAAAUUGGGUUGCACGACAUCGUCGACUGGAGGGUAUUUCAAAAGUAGGAUGGUAUAAGAAUUUGGUUAAUCGGAGAAUUCACAGCGGUAACGAAGGGCGAGUAAUAAAGAGUAAGAUGAAGGAAGAGCUUGCGCUCCUCGGGCGGGUGUGUUUCCUCGACAGUCGAUUCCACGUUGUCGGAACGAACCGGAUUUUAAUCCGGCCAAGGUCUGUCACUGCAGCAGCGUUCCCCAAAAAAGUAUGGGGUAUGUUUAUGAGCUUACAACAACAAUAACAACAAGGCGGGUGCGUAAUGCGAAGUUAUUACCGAAAUUGAUCACACCCAAAUAUCACUUUUAACCAAAAAUUCUUCUUCUUCUUAAUUGGCGCGAUAACCGCUUACGCGAUUUUGGCCGAGUUUAACAAAGCGCGCCAGUCGUUUCUUUCUCGUGCUAACCGGCGGCAAUUGGACACACCAAGUGAAGCCAAGUCCUUCUCCACCUGAUCUUUCCAACGCAGAGGAGGCCUUCCUCUUCCUCUACUACCACCAGCUGGUACCGCAUCGAAUACUUUCAAAGCCGGAGCGUUUGUAUCCAUUCGGACGACAUGACCCAGCCAACGAAGCCGCUGGAUCUUUAUUCGCUGCGCUAUGUCUAUGUCGUCGUAAAGCUCAUACAGCUCAUCGUUCCAUCGUCUGCGAUAUUCGCCGUUGCCAACGUGCAAAGGUCCAAAAAUCUUACGCAGAAUCUUUCUCUCGAACACUCCAACCGUCGCUUCAUCGGAUGUUGUCAUCGUCCAAGCUUCUGCGCCAUACGUUAGGACGGGCAUGAUGAGAGUCUUGUAGAGUGUUAGUUUUGUUCGUCGAGAGAGGACUUUACUGCUCAGUUGCCUACUUAGUCCAAAGUAGCACUUGUUGGCAAGAGAGAUUCUACGUUGGGUUUCAAGGCUGACAUUGUUAUCGGUGUUACGCGAGUGCGCCGACUGUUUGUUUGAAGACAGGAGGUACUUCGUUUUGUCCUCGUUCACCACCAAACCCAUUCGCUUUGCCUCUUUAUCCAGUUUGGAGAAGGCAGAACUCACAGCGCGGUUGUUAAGGAACGCAAGCGUUCAACUCUGGCGAGUUUUUUGUUGCUGCAUCCCACCUAACGGCCCCAUAGGAAAUAAACCUGCACGAAGAAUGGGCCAACGAGCAAACGGCUGAGACCCUGAACCGAGAAUUAUGCAGCAAAGCAGCAAUAAAUAAUUAUACAAAUACACACGAGUGCGCGCAUACAAACGCAUGCAGACGCACACAGAUAAAUAGAUUGUAAGGCGAACAUGCAAACCGGCCGACAGCGAGCAAAUAAGCGCACGAGGCGCUACCGGACCGAAAGCAAUGCAGAUGGGAUGUAGAGAGGAGGCGAAAAGGCAACUUUGCAGAAGGGUGAAUAAUAUUUAAAAAAUAAAAUUCCUAAAUAAGCUGGAAAAAAAUUACCACAAAAAAACAAACGUGUUGAAAAUAACAAAAGAGAAAAAACAAAAACAAGAAAGCCAACACAACAGACAAACUCAAGAGCAGCAGCCACAGCAACAAAACUAAGGUACAACAACAAUAAACGUGGCGGCAACGCAUGCAUGACUUUCGUUUCCCAUAAACCCGCCGUGUACUAAAUUUAAAACAGCAAUGAAGAAUCCAAUAAAAAACGCGAAUAGCAAAACUAAAAAACAAAAAAAAUGUAAAAAAAAAAAUAAAAUAAAAAACGGAUUAAACAGCAACGGCAACAAGAACAUCAGCGGCUUCAGCUAAAACAGCAACAACAACAAUUAACUUGUGCGCAGAGUCAGACACGCAAUGCAGCGCAGUCAAACAGGCAGGCAGACAGAUAGAUAGUCCACUGGUAUUGGGACAGACAACAGACCAGCUGCAUAGCCAAGCAGCCAGACAGACAAACAACCAAAACCAUGGACACAUGUGUGCCGAAGAGUGCCUAUGUAUGCAAGUAUGACGUAUGUAUGUAUGUAUGUAGCUGCACUGGAAUCAUGACUACUACGGCCAAAGCGCGCAUGCAUGGUUGCCUUAAUGGUUUGCGGACAGCCUGGCUGCUAGAGUGCCUGGUGGAGCGGUAGUGAGGCGUGCAUCGGAAGGCUUAGUUGGCAUGCCAUGGCAUGGCAGUCCUCCAACCAACCAACACGGCUUGACUUGGUUGCAUGGAUGGCUAACCACUUGCAUUGGUUUGCGAUGGCGGCUGACCGCCUUGGUUUCGUUUAUUCUGAGCAUUACAUACACGGCUAUGUGCAUAUGUAUGUAUGUUUAUUUGGGAUGCAUGCAGUCGGUAAAUAUCGCGGCGGUGGUAGGGGUGGGAUUGAGCGAUGAGUUGAGGAAAUGUAAAGAUCUAUGCGCUGGACAUAAAGCUUAUUGUUGCCAGAUUACUGAAGGAUGCAAGUGUGGAUAAGGAAAAAAUCCAGAGCAACAAAAAACACAAAACGUAGAAGAGAAGUUUAUUAAAGUGUUUGAAUAAAUUGAUAAAAGUCGUUUGCAUGCUGAUCGUAGCGGCAAAUGUUUAGGCGAUAUUAAUAUAACAACAACAUGAAAGAAAAUCGAGCCACGAAAGCCACGCUCGGUCGGUCAGCUGUUAAAGAGACAACAACAACAUGCUUGCCAAAGCGAACGCAGUCAUUAACAACAACGAGCAACAAUAGAAGGAAAUUCAACAAUAAAAAAGAAGCAGCGCGACAAAACGCGAAAGUACGCGAAACCUACUCGGCCAAAACGCGAAGGAAGAGCGCAAUAACAACUUGCACUGAACAGUGCCCACCCCAGCAGUAGAGGAGGGGCAUUUAGUGGAGAUUUGGAGCGACAACAGCAAUCGAAACAACAGCGCAACACCGCCACAGUGGCAGCACAACAAUAACAACAUCAACACCAAUAGCAGCAGCAAAAUGGCGGAGGCGUCAGCGGCACCAACAACAAGAACAACAACCGUGAGUGCAGUGAAACGCAGCCGUGCAAGGCUCACUUUUCAGGCGUAUUUAGCAUACCCAGCUGAGGUAGAGCUUAUUUCAGACGGCACCGGAACAAGGCGAAGUUUAAGGCAUAGUAGCAAUAGCAUUAGCACUAAAAGCAACAACAACAACAGCCGAAGUAAAUGCACGCGCGACCCUCACUGUUGGCGCAAAAAAACAAAAAAUUGAGAAAAAAAUACAAAAAUAAAGAAAUGAAUUAAAAUAAACACCCGCACACCUGCAAAUCAUUGGCAAGCAAGUACAUACAAUAAGAAACAAACUGAAUAAAUCGGCGGUAACAAAAAAAAAAACAGAAAAAAAAUGCCAAAUACAACACUCUCGUAAAAGCAAAAAGAACAUAACAACACAGCCACCACUAAUAGUAGAAAAAAAAAUGAUAACCAACCAGACUUCAAAAAACAAAAACACAAACAAUGACGCGCC